AUGUCUGCCGAAAUCGAAAACCGCCCGCACUCGCCUGAUGCGGCCCCGUCAAAGGCCAUUGGCGCAAAGCCCGAGCCCGCUCGCUGCCUCUCGGCCGCCUCCACCACCUCACAGGGCUCGAGCACCGAUGCCGCCUCGCGGGACUCAUCGUCCUCUAGGACCCGGCGCCGAGGCUACAUGCGUCCCCAGGGCACUGAUUUCGCGGCCAGCGCCAAGUCCCGCGAGAGCGUCAUGAGCUUGGGCAGCAUUGCGCAUCUUCAGUACUACUUUGCCCGAACUGGCCUUCUCGAUGGCAAGGGCGGACAGCUGGCUCGUAAGAAGCAGCCUCGAGCGACACUGGACCUGGCAGCCCUCGAGGGCACCCCAGAUUUGUCGGGACAGGGUUACAUCACAGGCUCCCCCACCGGCAUCGACGACAUGGACGACUUCUACGAUGGCUUCCUCGAGGAGGACCCGGACAUGCUGCCGCCCACGGCCAGCACCUACAACCACCGAGAAAAGGUCAUACCCAAGCCGCCCACGGUAGCGGAGCUGAAGACGGAGCUGGAGGGCGCGCUGCGGGAUGCUCUCAAGGUGCUCAAGGAGGCCAAGGAGCGGAAAGAGGGUUCCUACAAGGCACCCAGCGAUGCGCCCCAGUACCCCAACAUGCCCGAGGAAAACACGCAGAGCUGGUUCGAGCUGCAGGGCAUGAACAUCCUCGACUUUGUGACGCUGGCCAUCCGCGCCGCCAAGAACUACUACACGGCCCACGAGCUGCCCGACCGGCUGGACGCCAUCAAGUCAGAGAAGCAGAUUCGGACGGAUCUCCUGGGCGUCAUGGAGGUGCUGAAGCAGAUGGCGACGAGGAACUUCAAGGGCGGCGUGAGGGACGAGGAGAUUGCGACGAUGACGUCGUGGAUCGACAGCGUCUUUGACAUCCUCAAGAAGGAGGCCGAGAUUGAGGCGACGGAGCAGGCCGAGCGCCAGGGCUGGGCGUGGAUGAGGGGCGACUGGACGGGCAAGGAGUUGGAGCGCGAGCGACAGUUUCUCAUGUCCAUGGACCCCGACGACGAGCCGCUGCCCGAGUGGACGCCCGCGUCCAGCAGCGCCGAGCUGCCGACACCCUUCCUGGAGGCCAUGCAGAACGGCCUGAGGCUGGUGAGACUGCACAACGCCGCGGUCAAGAAGUCGAGGAGGCGAUUUGGAGCGAUCCCGACAUUCCACGUCAACACGCAGAAGCCCUACCGCAGCGCCGACAACCUGCGGUACUGGGCCAAGGCUGCCGAGCUGCGCUUCGAGUGCAUGAUUUCCAUUGACGCCCUGGGCAUCGUCUACAACAGCGGGCCCCAAGUCUGGCUCGACUUUGAAGCGGCCAUUCUCAAGUGGUGUGCCCAUGUGAGGGAGGAGAUAACAAACGAGUUGGUCUAA